UGUUUGUUGAAUUGCAUUAAAAUGAUAAACAAUUUUUAUGUAUACUUUCUCUAAUAAAUAUUCCAAUAUUUCGUAUAUUACUACGACAUAUAAAUAUGUUUCGAGGAUUCCUUAGUAAUUGAUUUUUUAUAAUCGAACAGUAAAUAAAAAACGAACAGAUCGUUAGCAGACAUGUCCAAAGCAGGAUGUGUAUACAUACUGGAUGAACUUUACUGACAAGUUUUGUUAAAAGUGAUUCUAAAGCAACUGUAAACAAUGAUGUUACAUAGCUCAAGUUUAAAGUUAUGCCGUCUUUGUGGCAAAGAGAAAUUGCAAGGCACGGAUUUAUUUACAGAUAAAAUUAAAGGAACGGUUCUAAUUUCUAUCAUAAACAAAUAUUUCUCCAAAGAGGUAAUAAAUAUUUCAAAUUCUGAUACAUUUUCAAAAUACGUUUGUAUGGACUGUGAACAAAAGAUUUGUACAUUCGAUGAGUUUUACAUAAUGGUAGCUAAUGUACAAAAGCAACUUGCAGCUCCAUCUUUGGAAAUUGAUUUUGCCGAGAGUAUGUUAUGUCAAUUGAAAGCGAACGAUACGGUAUCAAAAAAUGGCUUAGAGAAACAAGGUCCAAGAAAAAGUAUAUGUCCCAUAUGCGCAAAGAGCUUCAGGUGCCAGGCACAUUUGAAUAGACACAAAAGAAUUCAUACUGGACAACGACCAUUUAUUUGCAAUAUUUGUAGAAUGUCGUUUAAUCAGCAAGAAAUACUAAUGAAACAUUUAGAAAGGCACGAAGGGAAAAAACAAUUUCAGUGUGCAAAUUGUCAUCAGUCGUUUCGUUAUAAAGUAUCAUUAAAAUCUCAUAUGAUAAACUUUCAUAUGGAUGUAGAAAAGUCUGCCGAUAGUCAAAAUUUACAAAUAGAAAACAGUUCUUUCACUUGUUCGGAUUGUGGUAAACAAUUUGUAACAAAAUAUAAGUUGCAAAGACAUUCGAGAUGUCAUACCGGCGAAAGACCGUAUCAUUGUAACUUUUGCAUGAAAACAUUCUCGCAAACUAGUAAUCUUAAAGUGCAUCAGGUGAAAUAUCAUCAGCUACCUAAUUCUCUAACCGAGUUGAGGGGACAGAUUCAAUAUACCAAUCAAAUAGUUAAUUGUGACGUACCCGCGGCAUUAAAUACUUAUAACACGGUUAAUAUGUCCGAGACCGAGUUACAAAAUACAAUAAACGAGACCAUAAAUUCUACAGAACAAAGUGGUUCAUAUGUGUCAAAAAUUUAUGAAAAUCCUUUGUACAUCGACGAUGAAAUCGAAACAAUUUUAGAUCGCGAUCUUGACCAACUGGGUCAAAGCAAAUACUCUACAAACUUACAGGAUAAAGUGUCUCUUUGUUUGAAACAGCCAGAAACUCCGGAAUUACUACAUAGUUUAUUAUAUGAUGACGGAUAGCUGUAAAUAUUUUAAUAUUAUUAAGGAUCUGCGUUCAACAAUAUUCACGUAAUUCACUUAAAACUCGCAAAUUGCUAAUGUAUAUCUUUACAUGUAUAAUCUUAGAAAACAGUAAUAAAAUUUCGCUGUUAGAAAUUUAAUCGAUGCUAGUAAAAUAAGCAACAAAACGUAAUUUUCUUCUCUUUCUAUAUAACUUUUAUGCGAUAGGUAUUGCCUACCAUUUAUCAAAUAUAAAUGACAUUUAAAACACCUAUACAUACAUGUAUAGUUCAACUUUUCAUGUUCCAUGUAUCAAGCAAAAACUUGUAAAUAAUUACACAUCCUUAUUGGCAAUAAAUAAAUAUAUCUACACAUUAAAAUUGAAAA